AUGGAAUCACUACACCCACUCGACGCGGAUAAUAGAGACCAAAAGAUCGACACUGAUACUCAGUCCAAUAAAGCGCAGGGGUCAAUUGAGGCUGUGGAAGCCAAAGAGCAUCCAACUACUCGUGGUCUCUCCUCUCGUCAUGCCCAAUUUAUUGCACUUGGAGGUACUAUUGGUACAGGAUUAUUUGUGAGCUCAGGUCAAACAUUGGCAACGGGCGGGCCGGCUUUCUUGGUUGGAAGCUAUGUAUUCAUGUCGGCCUUGGUAUAUCUAGUUCUCGUGUCUAUUACCGAAAUUUCCGCCUAUUUGCCUUUGUCUGGUGGGGCUAUGAACUAUUAUGGGAGUCGCUAUGUGUCAUCCAGUCUGGGGUUCAUGAUGGGAUGGCUAUAUUUCUAUUCUUUCGCAAUCUUCGUUCCAUUUGAGCUGACUUCGUCGGCGAUGGUCAUCAAUUAUUGGAACCCAGGUUUUAAUAAUGCGGUCUGGAUCACAAUCAUGCUUCUUCUCGUCGUCGGUCUCAAUCUACUGCCUGUUCGAUUUUAUGGCGAAUCUGAGUUUUGGUUCGCAAGCAUCAAGGUUUUGCUUAUUAUCGGCCUCAUUAUCCUCUCCUUCAUUCUGUUCUGGGGAGGUGGACCGAAUCAUCAACGCCUCGGGUUUCACUACUGGAAAGACCCGGGGGCGGCCAAUACACUGAUUGUGGGCGGGGAUUCUGGAAGGUUUGUGGCUUUGUUAGCCACCAUUAUCAGCAGUGUUCUUCCGUUCACCUUUUCGCCCGAAAUGAUCGUUGUCACUGCGGGUGAAAUCCAGUCUCCGAGAAAAAACCUUCCACGAAUUGCCCGAAACUUCUUUUGGCGUCUGAUCGUGUUCUACAUUGGGGGCACUGUCGCAAUUUCUGUCAUCUGCCCUUCUAAUGCCUCCUCGCUGACCAGUGGUGGAACGGGAGCUGCAUCUUCUCCAUGGGUUGUUGGCAUUCGAAAUGCUGGGAUCGCCGGUCUCGAUAGUGUCAUUAACGCCGGAAUCAUCACAGCGGCAUGGUCUUCUGGGAACUCAUUCUUAUACCUGGCGAGUAGAUCGCUAUACUCUAUGGCUCUUGAAGGCAACGCCCCUCGAAUCUUCAAGAAAUGUACCAAGCAAGGGGUCCCGAUUUAUGCUGUCGCGACAAGCUCGCUUUUUUCAUUACUGGCCUACAUGAAUGUUAAUUCCUCUUCGGCUGAUGUGUUCGAUUGGCUGAUGAAUCUCGUUAAUACCGGAGGUUUCAUUUCAUGGGUCUGCUGCGCAAUCGUCUAUAUAAGAUUCCGCAAAGCUUGUGACACCCAGAAAUUGCCAGCAGAACGCUUUGUUGCUCGGUCGGCUUUGCAGCCGAUUGGGUCAUGGAUCACUUUGGUGAUGUUUAUCUUGCUCUGCUUGCUAAAUGGAUUCACGGUGUUCUUCCCUUCGCAGUGGUCCACUGCGGAUUUUCUCUCCUCAUACAUUGGCCUUCCGCUGUUUGUGGCGAUUUAUCUGGGGCACAGGUUUUGGCAUCAUUGGGAGCCAUGGGCAAUUGACUCUCAUUUAGUUGACUUACACAGCGGGCUAGAGGAGAUUAAAGAGGAUGAAGUGACAACUAUUCCUCAAGAAUCAUUGGUUGAGAGGCUUCAAGGUUUAAGAAGGCUCGUUUCUCGCUACUGGCCAUCACGCUCUACUACGAUAAAAGAUGAAAGUAUUUGA